ACAAAGACUUCAUAUCUCGAGUCCCAAUCACGACGACCCAAAGUAAAUCACCAUGCUGUUCAAGAACUUUUUUGUCGUUGCCACUAGCCUGGUAGCUCUUGGCGGAGCUGCACCAGUAUUAGGUAUGCAAGAAAGUCGUCAGAGAAAAUAUGUUCUGACAAGAACAGCACCUGUUGAAGACCGCGCAGCAGCACCAGCCAAUGUAUAUGGCCAAGCCCACACUCUCAAGUUGGCCGAUGACGAGUUCAAGAAGCGCGAGGCACUCCCACAGAUUAACGCAUAUGGACGUGCUCAUACUCUCAAGAUGGCCGAUGAUGCUUUCAAGAGGGAGGCAGAGCCGGCGAACGUCUAUGGACAGGCCCAUACUUUGAAGUUGGCCGACGACGAGUACAAGAAGCGCGAUGCACUACCGCAGAUUAAUGCAUAUGGCCGUGCUCACACUCUCAAGAUGGCCGAUGAUGCUUUCAAGGCUUGAAUAAAGGAGUGCGGCAAAGAAGGAAUUCAGUUGAGGAAAUCAGGCAACAGGAAAUGUCAUGUAAUAAUGGACAAGCUAGCAAAUAACGGGAUGUCCAGAAGAAAUAGCUGCUCAGCGAACAACAGUUCGCGAGAAGGAAUGUUCUCAUGAUGAGCCGUGACAAGCCAGACAGAAGUGAUGCAUUGGUCUUCCGAUCCCUUGCCUCAGACACUUGAGCGGGCGUCACUGAACUUUCAGUAUGCUGUAACCACCAUCGAUAAAACCUGAGCUUUACUCCAUCUGUAUCUGUGAGUUUACGGUGCUGCUGACUCCACUGGGAAGACUGU